AAAAAAAAAAAAAAACGGAAAAAGAAGAUACAAAAUUCCAAAGGAAUUCUCUUUGAAAAUAUCAUUAAAAAAUAGUGGAAAAAUUAAAAAAAAAACCUCUUACCUUUCCAAAGUUUUGCUGUAAAAACAAUAUCGUGUUUUGAAAUACGACAAGUGUUAGGAGUGUGUUUCAGGGAGUAGAGUGAUUUUUGUUUACGUUCUCGUUUUUUGCCAAGACAAACAUCGGCUUCCAUUCGCUUUGCUAAGAAGAUACCGGGAGCUAAAGUAACGCAGUCGAAUGUGAAAAAAUAGUGGUCUUUAAAAAAUGAUGCAGAAAAAUUAAUAUUGUAUAAAAGUUUUAUUUUACAAUUCCUAUAUCAUAGAUCAAAUCGAAGAAGCAAUACAAAUUUUAUACAAUCAAAAUAUGAAAAAUUUUAAAAUUGUGCUGUAAAGGUGUAUUAUUGCAGACGAAAUUUCUUAAGAAAAAUAGAAUUUUUGCAAUUGAACUAGUGGGCCCAAAACUUUGAAGCCAAAACUGCUGCUGUAGAAGUAGUUCCAUCAACAAACGAGGCACUGAAAAAGAAAAGUAGAAAGUCAUAACAUAAAAUCCCAUAAAUUUCCCUCAGCCUCAAAAGACGUGAAAGCGGGCUAGCACACAAGCCACAUAACAUACAGCCAUUCUACACAAAAACCAACCAAACCAAGGUUGAUUUGUAGUUGAAAACUAGGGAAAAAGUAUGUGUGAAUGUAUGAACGAGCUGAAGCAACUGCCGAAGGAUUCUGAGAGUUUCGCCCACAAAUCAUAAAGUUUAUGAUUUGUUAUCCCAAAGCUAUAACACAUGCAGAAAAAAUAUUUCUUAGCUGCUAUGCAACCCACACAGAAAUCACUCCCGAAAAAUAACAAAAUGCUGCUUCUGACAUUUUCAGUAUGGUGUGCUUAAGUUUAAAUCUUCCUUCAAAAGACAAUUGAAUUGACAAUUUGGUUUAAAUAAAUCUACAUACAAAAAAAAUCUAUAAAAACCGAACAAAAUCGAAUUGCUUAAAAAAAGAAAAAUAUAUUAAACAGAAGACAAGAAACAGAGUAGACACCCAGCUACACAAAUAACAGUUGCGAAAAAACAAUAACGCAUACAUAAACAGCAAAACGGAAGCGGAAAUUGUAAAAUAAAAUUCCGCACAAAUACGCACACCAUUGUUACAAACAUCAUAAAACAGAAGUCAUAAAAGCUUUGGGCAGAAAAAAAAACAAAUACAUCGACCAAGUCAACAACAGUUCCAGCAAGAAACGCAGAAAAUAAAUUGAGGAAUUUAAACGCAAACCAAACCCAGUCAACAAGAGCAACGACCAACCGAACUGGCCCUCGUUUGAGGCCAAGUAACAACAAACAAACCAAUAAACUGAUAAACAUUUACAGUUAUAACUAUCCCCUUUAAACAACUAUUGCCACUUCCGCUUGACUGGUUAUUGGUAUUUUGUUUUCUUUUUGUUGUUUUGUUUUUAUUUUCUCGGGAUUUUCUGCUUCGUUUGUAUUUUCUUGGCGUUUCUUAAGAAGGAUAUUUUCUUUUUGAAAAAUAUACAAACAUUGUGUACCAGAGUACCAGAAACAGUCGACAAAUACAAACAUGACGUCUUCGACAGGAAUAUCAACAACAACAACAGCAAAUACAUCAACAUCGCCAAUAACGGCUACAAUGCCAUUGACGGAAAGUUCAACAACACCUCCACCUUCCAGUUGUAUGCAAAGGACCUUCAGGCUAGCUCGCAAAGGAAGUGGCGUUACGGGGCAACAUCCUCGACAUCUGUUGGCUUACAUUCUGAUAUCGAUAUUGGUUGUGCUGUGUUGGCUGCCAGAUUUUAUUACGGCCUUAAAGGAUGUCUCUGUAACGAUACCACAAGCUGUAAAACGUGGCAGUAAUGCAAUGCUAACAUGUAAUUACGAUAUGGAAAAUGAUACUUUAUAUUCCGUAAAAUGGUACAAAGGACGACGUGAAUUUUAUCGUUAUACACCAAAGGAAAAUCCGGCCAUGAAAGUUUUCCUCACCCAAAGUGGUCUAAAUGUCGAGCGUAAUCUCUCCAAUCAAAGUCAUGUAGUUUUAUUAGCCGUACCUCUCAAUAUCUCUGGGAAAUUCACUUGCGAAAUAUCCGUUGAGGCUCCAUCAUUUCAAACAGCCAUGGUUUCUGGUGAAAUGGAAGUUGUAGAACUACCAGAGGAGCAAGCGAGCGUAACGGGCAUACAGCCACGAUAUCGUAUUGGUGAUUUGGUUGAUGGCAAUUGCUCAAUUAAAUACUCUAAGCCAGCUGCUAAUUUGACAUGGACUAUUAAUGGAAUUGUGGUUCCACCGCAUCACAUCAAAACUUACCAAAUUGAAAAAUAUGAAGAAACCAAUUUGGAAUCGGUUAUGAGUGCCAUUCAUUUUAUGGUAACCACACAGCAUUUUAUCAAAGGACAAAUGAGGCUUAAAUGUACUGCCAGCAUAUUUGAUAUAUUUCGAGAGGAAAUCGAGAGUGUCAUAGAAGAGGAUCGUCCCAGAAUUAUGGCGUCCGGCCGUUCGUACGAUGCUCACAGUUAUCCCCAUGAUGACAAUGGUGGCGGUUAUGAGGAUCACAAUGAAUCAUAUUUGACAUAUUUUUCUGCACCAAAAUCAUCAGCCUCUCCCACUGCUCAGGCACCCUUUGCGCAAAUCUUUGUACAUUUUCACAAGCUGUUGCAACAUUUUCCCACCAUAUCGCUGAGGAACAUAAAGAAUCAUAUAUGCUUUAAAUUAGCGACAUUUAUCAUCGAUAUUGAAAGGUAUUAUGAGAAAAUCACUCACAAUGACAUGACAGCAUAUUGCAUGAAUGUCUUGCAACAGCAAUGGCAGUGGCAGCAUCAGCUAAUCAAACUAAUAACCGUAAUGGCCAUAUUAUUAAAGAUACAUCAUCAUCAUCAACAUUUCCAGUAUAAGGGAAACUGGUGGUACUGGGACGAAAAGGCAAGUGGCAUCCAAAUGGAAAGCAAUGGCGUAAUGAUGAAAAAAUUUUGCAAGGGAUACAUGAUGAUGAAAGUGCAGUCGGGGAAAAAACAACUGCCAAAGGAAACGACAGCGAAAAAUACAUUGAUGAACCGAAAUUAUCAGAACAUGCAACAGCAACAUCUACAGCUGUUGCAGCUAUCGGAAAUAAGCAGAAGGAAGCAAUGCUACCGCUGUAAACAGGCAAAUGGAGAAUCUAGCAUGACUGUUGCACCCCCAUUUAAGAGUCACUUUGAUAUAACAGCAAAUCAAAAUGUCAUCAACGAAGGGGUCGGCUACAACUAUAAGAAAAAUACAACAAAAGCUGUUUCUUCUUCGACUAGAAGUACGAUUGCCCUCCAUGAUUGCCAACAGCAUGAGCAGCCGAAAGAGCAACAGCAGCAAAUGUCACAAACACACGAUGGUUCUUUAAGAACUGGAUCUCUGCUAUCACUUUUCACCAUGCCAACUUUGCCUCCUGCCAUUCCCAUUGCUUGUCCUGCCAGUCUUUACCAAGGCGAAGCUUAUUCACAAGAUAGUUUUCCAUUAUGUAUUUAUGUUGCUAUCGCUGAGACUAAAAGCAAUAACGCCAACUAUAUGUCAAGGGAUCAAACAUUAUUGAUGACUUCCAACAGCAACAGCUCCCACACUGCAACAUGUCCCUUCAGCACUGAACGAAAUGGCACAAAGCCCGCAAUACCAUCAGAAAUAGCAGGCAUGGGUGUGACAUUAGAAAAGGCAAUUGUGCUGCUACCAUCAGUACUAUCGUCGUCACCAACAGCUGUAGCUAAAGGAGCAUCACAAUCAGCAAUAUCUUCUUUGUCCUCACAAUUUUCUUCAUACACUUUGGAAGCCUUUUCAUCAUUUCUUUCGUGGGAUAACAAGUGUUUAAUGGCGUUUAUUGGUGAAUUGUUAUUGCAUCAAUGCUGAUGUUAAAACGAUGAUGAAUGAUUCAAUUUUUGGAUUAUGCUCAAUCACAUGAAGACCCUAGUUAUUGCUCAGUUCUUUGAUUUCGUACUGAGUAGCUUUCUCAAGGAUAUAAGUUUCGUUGAGAUGAAAAAAAAAAACACAAAACCACAUAUUAUGCGUAUUUAUCUAUAGUUUCCUUCCCCAUACCAACUAUACGUAUUAAUUCAAUUCAGUUUUCAUUCAAUAACCCAAUAUACAAUGUGAAAAAUUAACAUUGUUAAUAAUGCAAUGUGCCCAAUUCAUUCUAUACCUCCUCAUAAUCUCUAUGUGAAAGAAAAUUUAAAGCCAAACCAACAAAAUAACAUAAAAUCUGAAAAUAUUACGAAAUGGUGAAGCACGUGCGCGCUUCUUUUCAUAAAGACAUCUACCAAAUGUUGUAUGUUAGUAUUUAAGUGUUAAAUGUUAUAAUUUUUUCUUGUAUGAAUUUGAGGUGGUAUAAGAGAAA